CUGCGCAGGCGCAGCACCUCCGUCUGAGCCUCCGGUUAGUUUUAAAGAAAAGCAGCAGAGCGACACCAUGAACCAAGUGGAUUCUGUCCAGCAACAGCGGAAUGGAAUUGUGUGUUUGGAGGAGAAAGUGCAGAAGAAACGCCUCCAUCAGCCGCAGGACGUCCUUCUGAAGCAAACCGCCGUGUUGCCUCCAGAUGUCCAGAAGGUGUUGGUGAUUAAAGAGGAAGUUCCUUGGAGCCCCUGUACAGACCAGCAGGACCCAGAGUUCCUCCACAUAAAGGAGGAGCAGGAAGAACUGUGGAGCAGUCAGGAGGGAGAGCAGCUUAAUGGACAGGAGACUGAUAUCAGCAGGUUUUCAUUCACUGCUGUUCGUGUGAAGAGUGAAGAUGAUGAAGAAAAGCCUCAGUCAUCAAAGGCAGAACAUCCAACCAGCAGCUCAGCUAAACAGAUUAAAACAGAACCUGAUGGAGAGGACUGUGGAGGACCAGAACCAGCCAGGAAAUCAGAUCUAAGUGGCUGUUUACAACCAAAUACUGACGGAAAGACUUCAGACCGCUCUGAGAUAGAAGUCAGUAUUGAUGAUUGUAAUGAUCCUGAGGAUGAAGAUGAAGAAGAGUGGCAAGAACCUUUGACGGAGUCUGAAGACAGUGAUAAAGAUUGGAAGGAGACCAAAGCACCUGAGUCUACUGUAAAUAGUAAUGUGGGAUGUAACACUGAGAAAAAAACUUUUAGCUGCACUGAGCUUGAUAAACAAUUUCUCAGCAAGCAAAAUGUAGACGAACAGAUGAGAGUUUUCACAGGAGAGAAACCACUAGGUUGCAAUUUUUGUGGUAAAAUAUUUAGACACCAUUGUAGCCUUAAAAAACACAUGAGAGUCCACUCUGGAGAGAAACCGUUUGGCUGUGACAUUUGUGGUAAAAGAUUUACUCAAAGCGCACAUCUGAAGACACACACAAGAGUCCACACAGGAGAGAAACCAUACGCUUGCACUGUUUGUGAUAAGAGAUACACACAACGAGUGGAUCUGGAGACUCACAUGAGAGUCCACACAGGAGAGAAACCAUUUGCCUGCAAGGACUGCGGUAAAAGAUUUAACCAAAAAGCACAUUUGACGGCCCACCUGAGAGUCCACACAGGUGAGAAGCCAUUUGCCUGUGAAGAUUGUGGUAAAAGAUAUACGCAACGAGUGGACUUGAAGAAACACAUGAGAGUUCACACGGGAGAGAAACCAUUCGGCUGUGAUGACUGUGGCAAAAGAUUUAACCAAAAGGCGCAUUUGCAGAGACACAUGAAAGUCCACACGGGAGAGAAACCGUUUGGAUGUGACGAUUGUGGACAAAAGUUUACCCAAAAGGCACAUUUGACGACACACAUGAGAGUCCACACAGGAGAAGAACCGUUUGUUUGCAGUGAAUGUGGACAAAGAUUUGUUUGGAAAACAAAUCUGAAGAGACACAUGAGAGUCCACACAGAGUAGAAACUGAUCAGGAUGAAAAAUUUACCAUGUGGAAGUGUGUUAGAGCGUUGUGGCACUUGGUUUUCCACCAGAGGCAAUAACAUAAUGUGUGCAAAACUGGGUGUAUUUUUGGAUAUUUAACCCUUUGAACUCCAAAAACCCAUCAGAAUGUCUGAAAGGCUUGUCAUUGUUCUUAAAAAGCAGUCAGAAGUACACCAUUUAUCAGAGCCAGAAACUGUAGAAACAUAAAGAAUGGCUGGAUUUUUAACUCUUUAAAUGACACAAGCGUGAAACAUGCAUCUGUUCUUUUAAAAUUGUAAUAUUAAACAAAACAAAUCACUUUACAUGUCUUAUUUAUAAAUUUGCCAAUAAUAAGCUUUAAUCUCAUCAGGAUAUGUUAAAGAGAAAAAAAAAUCCAGCACAACUGUGAUUGUCACAGAUUUAGCCAUUUCUCUUGAACUACAGGCCAUGUAAUCCCUGAGCAAAGAGGAAAUAAUGUGGAAAAUAAUUUAAAACGUACACUACCAUUCAAAAAUUUGGGGUCACCCAGACUAUGCCAUGUUUUUCAUGAAAACUCCACUUUUAUUCAUGUGCUAGCAUAACUGCACAAGGGUUUUCUAAUCAUCAAUGAGCCUUUCAACACCAUUAGCUAACACAAUGUAGCAUUAGAACACAGGAGUGAUGGUUGCUGGAAAUGUUCCUCUCUAUCCCUGUGUAGAUAUUCCAUUAAAAAUCAGCCGUUUCCAGCUAGAAUAGUCAUUUAGCAAAUUAACGAUGUCCACACUGGAUUUCUGAUUCAUUUAAUGUUAUCGCCUAUCUACCUCAGGACUUUUCUAAGUGAUCCAUAAAAUUCUGAACGGUAGUGUAAGUGGUAAAAUAUCUAUAAUAUUUUGUUUUUCCAAUAUCGGUAACACUUGUUUGUUGAACAUUUAGAAUAUGUUCCUAGACAUGCAGGAUGAAAUAAACGAGCCCACAGUGAGGAAAAAUGAGACAUCAAAGCUUCCAGAAACUGUGGGGUUCUGAGGGUUCAACUUAAAAUGUUUGCAAUAGUCAAAAUAUCGGUGAGAAAAUUCAGAAAAGGAAAAGAUUCCACAUCAUUCUGCUGGUUUUCUGUGUAUUGUCCGACUUUUUUUUGCUGAUGUUUAAUCUAACAUUUGUCAGAAUAGGAAAUACUCUGCAUACAGUACUAAUUACAGUAAGGUCCUCAUCGCUAAGCGUGUGAACUAGAAUCUAGAGAAUGUUUGUCCAUUCUGGUAGUAACUGAAUUACAAUGUGUAGAAAAAUAUAUAUUAAUUGAUGUAUAUUUCAAGAAAUAUAGAUUAACUGGCAUUUGAUUCAACAACAAGUGGCAGUGAGGCAAACUUUUGUUACACAUCAGUGGCUAUGUGGACAAAUGGGUGAUUUAUCUUAAUUAUCGAAGUAUAAAAUAUAAGCAGUGUAGAAAUUUAGAUUUUUUUUAAGAAGCCACACAUAUUAAUCGCUCAUUACUAAAUUUACUGCAGUCAUGAGCCUAGAUUGUGCAUUUUUGAUAUUUAAACCAACAGGUUUUGGCUCCCCCUCGAGCUGAAUGCAAUACUUUUAAAUAUAUAAGUUUAGUGAAAACAUGUGAACGCAUGUCUCAAUUUUUUUAGUUGAUAUUCAGUGCAAACGCUUAAAAAAGACCAUUGUUGACAAAAACUCAUAAAGUCGAAACAGUGAUGUUUUGAAAUAUCUUUAACGAAUUAAAAUCAACAAAUUCUGUAGAGGAUCAGUUUUGAUCCACUGUUUUCUCAAAAAACGCCAAAAACAUUGAAGAAAAUGGAGGCAAAUGUUCAAAAUUUUACAUUUUCAGAGCAGAAUAUCAGUAAGGGACCACUGAAGAUGAAUUUAGAGAUAAAAAUUACAGCCAGAUAGAGUUUAAGUCAUCCAUUGCUGCGCCCCCUUGUGGUGAGUGAAAGUCGUUUUAUGUGCCUGAGUCGUGAGUAGAAUGUACAACCCAUAACACACAAUGAUGAGGUUUCUCUUGAAUGAAUGUGUAGCCCCAGGGCAUCAUGGGAAACAUCUGAACCUCACCUGAUCUAACAGCUGAUUGGUUCAGAUGUUACUGUGAGUCUUUAUGUUAGCUUAAUUGGACAGAUUUUUUAAAAAAAUAAACGUUUAUGAGUCUGAGAAGCUGAAAAUGUUCAGAUUUCACAUCAAAAACUGCACAAAUUAUAUCACAUUUCUAGUUUACUGUAGAUUAACAUUGGACUGAUUUAAAAAUACUAAAAAUCCAGAUCAGUGGCAUGUCAGGAGUCUUAAAAUAUCUUUACAAAUGUGAAACUCUGACAGAUUCUUAAUAAAAGCUGUUUUCUUGGGACUCAUUCUGUUGUAUUUGAGUGUUUAUUGAUGUUUUCAGUGUAUUUCUGUAGUUUUAGGGGAGCAGAUCUGCUGAGCUGAGAAAGAAUUCAUGUAAAAUGGAAAUAAAACCAUGAACUGAACUUUAAUUCUGUCAUAAUUAAAACCUUAAAACUACUAUCAAACCAACAUUUUUUUAAAAAUUAAAAUUGAUUCAAAACCACAA